CGGGGCCUGGGCCGGCGCGGUAGGCCGGCCGCGGCGUGGAGGGGGGGGGCGCUUCUCCCGGGCCCGGCCCGCAGCCGCGCGUUUCCGGCGCGCUCCCCCGCGUCCUGCGUCCUGUGGUCUCGUCCGCCCCCGCAGCCAUGUUGGAUUGUGCGGCCGCCACCGCCGCCGCCGCCGCCGCCGCCGCCGCCGCCGCCGCGGGAGGAGGGUUGGAGGAGGAGUUGGGAGUUUAGCGCAGUCGCCCGAGUACGAGGACAACGACCAUCCGGCCUGGGACUCGCCGGGCGGGAGCCGGGAGCUUCCCUUUCUUUGCGCGGCCCGUCGUUGGCUCCUCCUUCCCGCGGCCUCCUCCUCCUCCUCCUCCCCCUCCCCGCGCCCGAGGAGCUGCGAGAUGCUGCGCCUCUGAUUCCCCUCCUCCCACCCCUGUCACCGAGACGGGAGAGAGCGCUCGCCUGCUCGCCGGAGACGGCCCGGACGCUCGGCCCCGCCGGCGAAACCAUGAGCUCGGGCCAGCAGCAGCCGCCGCCGCCGCGGAGGGUCACCAACGUGGGGUCCUUGCUGCUCACCCCGCAGGAGAAUGAGUCUCUCUUCACCUUCCUCGGCAAGAAAUGUGUGACUAUGUCUUCAGCAGUGGUACAGUUAUAUGCAGCAGAUCGUAACUGUAUGUGGUCAAAGAAGUGUAGCGGUGUUGCUUGUCUUGUUAAGGACAAUCCACAGAGAUCUUAUUUUUUAAGAAUAUUUGAUAUUAAGGAUGGGAAACUAUUGUGGGAACAAGAGUUAUACAAUAACUUUGUAUAUAAUAGUCCUAGAGGAUAUUUUCAUACCUUUGCUGGAGAUACUUGUCAAGUUGCUCUUAAUUUUGCCAAUGAAGAAGAAGCAAAAAAAUUCCGAAAAGCAGUUACAGACUUGUUGGGCCGGCGACAAAGGAAAUCUGAGAAGAGGCGAGACCCCCCAAAUGGUCCUAAUCUACCCAUGGCAACAGUUGACAUCAAAAAUCCAGAAAUCACAACCAAUAGAUUUUAUGGUCCACAAGUCAAUAACAUCUCCCAUACCAAAGAAAAGAAAAAAGGAAAAGCUAAAAAGAAGAGAUUAACCAAGGCAGAUAUUGGAACACCAAGCAAUUUCCAGCAUAUUGGACAUGUUGGUUGGGAUCCGAAUACUGGCUUUGAUCUGAAUAAUUUGGAUCCAGAAUUGAAGAAUCUUUUUGAUUUGUGUGGAAUCUCAGAGGCACAACUUAAAGACCGAGAAACAUCAAAAGUUAUAUAUGACUUCAUUGAAAAAACAGGAGGUGUAGAAGCUGUUAAGAAUGAACUACGAAGGCAAGCGCCACCUCCUCCACCACCCUCUAGGGGAGGGCCGCCACCUCCUCCCCCGCCUCCACAUAGUUCCGGCCCUCCUCCCCCUCCUGCCCGGGGGAGAGGCGCUCCUCCACCACCACCUUCUAGAGCUCCCACAGCUGCACCACCACCACCGCCUCCGUCCAGGCCAGGUGUAGGAGUCCCUCCGCCGCCACCAAAUAGGAUGUACCCUCCUCCGCCUCCAGCCCUUCCCUCUUCAGCACCAUCAGGGCCUCCACCACCGCCUCCACCCCUGUCAUUGGCGGGGUCAGCGGCACCACCCCCUCCACCACCUCCUCCACCUCCCCCGGGGCCACCACCUCCCCCUGGCCUCCCUUCUGAUGGUGACCAUCAAGUUCCAACUCCUGCAGGAAGCAAAGCAGCUCUCUUAGAUCAAAUUAGAGAGGGUGCUCAGCUAAAAAAGGUGGAACAAAACAGUCGACCGGUAUCCUGCUCUGGAAGGGAUGCACUUUUAGACCAGAUACGACAGGGUAUUCAGCUGAAAUCUGUAUCUGAUGGCCAAGAAUCUACACCACCAACACCUGCACCCACUUCAGGAAUUGUGGGUGCAUUAAUGGAAGUAAUGCAGAAAAGGAGCAAAGCCAUUCAUUCUUCAGAUGAAGAUGAGGAUGAAGAUGAUGAAGAAGAUUUUGAGGAUGAUGAUGAAUGGGAAGACUGAUCUAUAUAUUAUAUAUAUAUAUAUAUUUUUAAGGUGAAAUACUAAACACUACUUUCUGUCUAUGGGUUCUGUAAAAUUAUCAUGUAAAUGUUCUACCAAUUUGCUGUAUAUUUUUGUUGCCUUUUUUGCUUUUUUUUAUUAAUCUGUGCAAUACCUCAUUUAAUCUGUAAAGGUUUGUCAAAAUCCUCUACAAAGCUACUCCCUGUUAUUGUGUGCAAGUUUACACCAGGAUGCUCACUUAAUUUGUGAAUAUUUUUCAUUCCAUCAGCAGGGGAGUUUAAAUAUUAUACGUGAGACUGACAAAAACCUUAAUGUAAUUUAGUUAUAAUGCCAGAAGGAAAACACUAUUUUCAUACCCUACUUUUUCUGUACCUAAAUUUUCUUAUUAAAAUCUAGUAUAGCACUACAUUCUUUUUUAAGUGAUACAGACCUUAGUUUAUUUAGCCCCUUCAUUUUGAACACCAUGCUACAUGAAUGUUGAAGCUGACACAUUGCACAGUUCUCUAGACAUCACUACACUGAUGGAGUUUUUUAAGUUGUAGCAGUAUGCUCUACAUUAUGUCACUACAGAGACGCUAGUCGGGAAAAUUAGUGACACACCUCUUACAACAAUAUUGCCUGUUCUUGUACAGAAGUGGUAUUUGGAGGCUGGAAUCAUAAGGAGACCUUGCAUACCUUUACUUGACUGAGAUUAUUUUUAUGCUAUAGCAAAUGUGGCAGGCUCUUUUUAGCAAAAAUUUAAAAAUAUUUUUGGUAUUACUCUUAAACAAUUAAGUUUUUGCAGUUUGGGGGACUUUUGGGGUAAUAUUCUACGUGAACUGAAGGAGGCUAUACAUUAUGGUUACUUCAGUAUCUAGUUAAAUAUACUAUAAAAAUCAGAACAUUAUAAAAAUGAUGUGGAAUUAUUUUUAUUGUGUAAUGUGUAUGGAUUGAGGUAUUCAGAAAUACCAGCCGUACAAAUAGAAUCUAGCUGGCAAAGGUAAACACUGUAAUGCUGAACCUAUUACGCUAUUUAAUUUUUUUUUAAUAAUUUCUCAAGGUUUUUGUCAAAUGUCAGGUGAAGGGUUACAUUUUUCUUAAAAGAUUGGUGGUCCCAGUGUCAUAUUUCUUGAAAUACAUAACUGAAUGAUAGAUUCUUUUUUUUUUUUUUAAAUAAAACUUUACAACCUGCA